AUGAAGCCGGGAAGUGCAGCGUUCGUAGAUAAUAAGCUGAAGCAACGAGUUAUCCAGUAUCUCACCAGUAACAGAUGUGGCAAGUAUGUAGACACUGGAUUCUUGGCAUCUGAUCUGCAAAGACUAUACAGGAUAGAUUAUGGUCGAAGGAAAAAAAAUGCUUUUAGGAUUCAGGUAGAAAAAGUAUUUAAUGUAAUUAGUGCUGAGAAAGAACUGAAGGACCUAAAAGAACUAGAAGAUGAACAUUUAGUAAAAAGAGCAAGACAAACCGAAGAGGAUAAUGAGUAUACUGAAAGUUAUUCUGAUGAUGAUUCAAAUAUGGAAGAUUACCCACAUCCACAUUCAGCCAAUCACAUGAACAGCUCCCUGCUCUCCUUGUAUCGGAAAGGAAAUCCUGACUGUGCAUCUACUACUCCUGAAAUGGAGCAAAGAGAAGGCACCUCUCCAGCACCGAGGCUAGCCUCCGCGACAGGCUCUGUUCCCUCGAAGACCUCUGUCAUGGUUUCAGAACGAGGAUGGUUUAUUGACAGAAGAACCCCAGGUGGAGAGAAAGACAGCUUUUUCAUGGAUCUGUCAGAUGAGAAAAAUAAUAAGAGAACAGUGUCUGAAAGACAGGAUUCAGAAGAGUCGUCUUUUCUUGAGCGUGAUAAAAGGAAAGAGAUGUUAAAGAACAGAGGAAGCAAAAGGAAGAAAGAAGGUCUUCAGGAAGUAGAUGGAGAAAUUGAAGCUGUCCUGCAAAAGAAAACCAAGGGAUUGUUAGCUUUGCAGGUCUCCAGUGUGACGUUUGAAGAUAUUGGAGGCAGUGAGACAACAUUAAAGGAAGUCUGCAAGAUGCUCAUUCAUAUGCGCCACCCUGAGGUGUACCAGCACCUGGGCGUCAUCCCCCCUCGAGGAGUUCUCCUUCAUGGGCCACCAGGCUGUGGGAAGACGUUGCUUGCAAAUGCCAUUGCUGGGGAACUUGACUUGCCAAUUUUGAAAGUAGCUGCUACGGAGAUUGUCUCUGGGGUGUCCGGAGAAUCCGAGCAGAAGCUGAGAGAAUUCUUUGAACAAGCGGUGGCUAAUGCACCUUGCAUCUUUUUUAUUGAUGAAAUUGAUGCUAUUACGCCCAAAAGAGAAGUUGCUUCAAAAGACAUGGAACGGAGAAUUGUAGCCCAGCUGCUUACCUGCAUGGAUGAUCUGAACAGUGUGGCAGCGACAGCUCGUGUCCUAGUCAUUGGAGCUACUAACCGGCCAGACUCGCUAGACCCUGCUCUGAGACGUGCUGGAAGGUUUGACCGAGAAGUAUGCCUAGGUAUUCCAGAUGAAGCAGCCAGGGAAAGAAUACUUCAGACCUUGUGCAGGAAACUGAGACUUCCUGAAGCAUUUCCUUUUCAUCACCUAGCACACCUAACACCAGGUUUUGUGGGUGCUGAUCUUAUGGCGCUCUGCCGGGAGGCAGCCGUGUGUGCUGUCAGCAGGGGCUUGAUGGAGUUGCAGGAACAGAAGCAGGGAGAUCCUAAGACUGAAGGAUUGUUGGCUUCCACUUCGAGAUGCCAGGAAGGGGUGGGAACGGAGCAUGCUUCUAAAACACAGGAUGAAUUGCAAAGGCUGCUGGCGUUGCUGAGAGAACAAGAUCCUCUCUCAGAAGAGCUGCUACAAGGGCUGCACAUUGAGUUAGACGAUUUUAUUGCUGCUUUAGCCUCAGUCCAGCCUUCUGCCAAAAGAGAAGGCUUUGUCACUGUCCCCAAUGUGACGUGGGCUGACAUUGGUGCCCUGGAACAUGUUAGAGAAGAGCUCACCAUGGCAAUACUGGCACCAAUCCGGAACCCAGAUCUAUUCAGAGCUCUUGGAUUAGUGACUCCUGCUGGAAUCCUCCUUGCUGGUCCUCCUGGCUGUGGUAAAACUCUUCUGGCAAAGGCUGUGGCAAAUGAAUCUGGACUAAAUUUCCUAUCUGUGAAGGGUCCUGAAUUACUAAAUAUGUAUGUUGGUGAAAGUGAACGUGCUGUGCGACAGGUUUUUCAGAGAGCCAAGAACUCAGCACCCUGUGUGAUAUUCUUCGAUGAAGUGGAUGCCUUAUGCCCUCGACGAUCAGACCGUGAGUCAGGGGCAAGUGUCCGCGUGGUGAACCAGUUACUCACAGAGAUGGAUGGUCUGGAAGCACGGCAACAGGUGUUUAUUAUGGCAGCCACCAACAGGCCAGAUAUCAUUGACCCAGCAAUACUGCGCCCAGGCCGGCUGGACAAAACCCUCUUUGUCGGUUUGCCACCCCCAGAAGAUCGCCUGGCCAUCUUAAAAACUAUCACAAAAAAUGGUACCAAACCCCCACUGGAUGCUGAUGUAAAUUUGGAAGCGAUUGCCAAUGACCUUCGUUGUAAUUGCUACACGGGCGCGGACCUUUCUGCUUUGGUACGAGAAGCUUCAGUCAGUGCCCUGAGACAGGAAAUGGCCCAGCGGAAGAGUGGAAGGAAUGAGAAAGGUGAACUCAAAGUUUGUCUUAAACAUUUUGAAGAAGCUUUCAAGAAAGUAAAACCAUCUGUAUCCAAAAAGGAUAAAGUGAUGUAUGAAGAACUGCAGCUGUCGCUAAGUCUGUGA